AUGCUAGGCGACGGGGUUGUUGACUGCUCGGGUCCUGAGGGACCUUUAGAUGAAACUAUUGGUGCGCUAGAGUCCACGACAUGCUACGAAAAAGAGGAUAACAUCUCGCACAUCUACAACAACUGGGCACCUCGUUGUGUGUACAUCAAGGACAGGUAUGAUGGGCUUCUUGGGUGCCGAGACCUCAAGCACCUGCAACACUGUGAAGACUUUAUCUGCUCCGAGGGCUACGUUAAGUGUCCGGGGUCAUACUGCAUCCCUAUUCACUAUGUCACUAAUGGGAUAUACGACUGUGCCAAGGGUGAGGAUGAAACAAUUCCGCUCGACUGCUCCGGAAGCUUCAAAUGUAUUCAGUCAACAAUCUGUGUUCAUCCGGACAACGUUUGUGACAACCACCCGCACUGUCCCCACGGAGAUGAUGAACUCAACUGCAAGGUGUCAUGCAUGCCUGGGUUUUCGUGUUUGGGAGGCACUGUCACAGUGUCCCACAACUUUCCACCAUCCAUGAUCACGGAUAUGUCCUUCAUCGACCCUAGAACUCGCUACCUUGACCUGUCUGGCGUCAACAUAUCCACCGUGUUUCCCGAAUUCCCCAAAGGACGCUUCUACAACCUUCUGGAAAUGUACCUCUCUGGCUGCGUCAUCACACACGUGGACAGUGUCAUGUACUCCCAGAAUGACCUGUGGUCAGUUAUCACCAUGGACCUGAGUUACAACCAGAUAGAAAGCAUCUCCAUGACCAGUAUCUUCAGAUACAUGAUAAGUCUCAAGUUCCUCAACCUCAGCCACAACGAGGCACUAACGUUCCUCCACCAUGACACUUUCAACACCUACGGCACGACCUCGGCCCUCACCGACCUCGACCUCUCGUUCACCAGCAUCUCCAUGCUACACCCAGUUCUGCUAGUUCCGCUGGUCAACCUGGAACGGUUAAGCCUGAGGGGAACAAAGAUCGCAGACAUGCGACCCAACAUGUUCCCAAUAGAUUUCUCCCUCCACGAGUUAGACCUCCGAGAAAUUAAAGUGGAGCUGUUUUCUGCCAACACGUUCAAAUUUAUCGUGGUCAAGUCAAACAUCUAUACAGACACAUUCAAGUUAUGCUGUCCCCAGUUACACAACGUCAACACGCCGAAUUACGUUUGUAGCGCCCCCGCAGACCCAUUCUCCUCGUGCUCCGACCUGAUGAGCGAACCCAUUUUACGGGUACUCCUCUGGUUGUUUGGCUGCUCGGCCGUUAUCUGCAACGUGAUGGUCAUCGCGUACCGCUUUGUAUUCGACAGAAACAUUCUGAAGAUGGCCUAUGGUCAUUUCGUGAUGCACCUCAGCAUAUCGGACUUGUUCAUGGGCGUGUACCUUCUCAUUGUCGCGGUGGCAGACUCCUACUUCAGAGGCACUUAUGUGUGGAAUGAAAUGGAAUGGCGGAACAGUCUAGGUUGUCGUGUGGCCGGAUUCUUAUCUACAAUGUCCAGAGAAGUGUCCACUUUCUUCAUCUUUCUGAUCACCGUCGACAGGUUCCUGGUCAUCAAGUUCCCCUUUGGGCAGCUGAAAAUGCGGAAACCUCUAAUAGUUGGCUGCUGCGCCACGGCCUGGGUGGUUGGGUUCGGCUUAGCAAUGAUCCCCCUAUUGCCUCCGUUCGAAUACUGGACGACAUACACGUCCAACGGCAUGUGCUUGGGCUUACCCCUCAUCAACAGACGCCAGCCCGGCUGGGAGUUCCCCACAGUUGUAUUCGUUUUCGUCAACUUCGUACUCUUCAUCAUGAUCGCUAUUGGUCAGUUUAUCAUAUACAGGACAAUGGCCGGAAUGAGGGUAGCCCAAGGGGCGCUAACCAACAUCAGCAGUAGAAGGGCUCAAGACUUUACAGUGGCCAAACAUUUAUCCUUCAUAGCUGUGACCGACUUCAUGUGCUGGUUCCCCAUCGGGGUCAUGGGACUCAUGUCCCUGGAUGGUCACCAACUCGGGGUGGAAGUCUACGCCUGGUCAACGGUACUGAUUCUCCCCAUCAACGCUGCCCUCAACCCGCUCAUCUACACCAUCCCUGCCCUGUCUCAAAAGUGGACAGAUUGCAUGACAAAGAGGCACAGAGACGACUCCUCACGGAACGGCACCAGAACCAACGACUGA